UUGAACAAUUUCCUCUCAAUUUGCGGCUCAAAAUAUCUGGUUUAUGCGGGAAACUACGUAGGUAAUAACACCGCUGAAUUUGAUCGUAGCCAAAUCUCUUACUUUGCGCAUUCAUGAUUCGAAACAACAAAAGCAAUACGAUGGAGACAGCUCGUCCCAAGUUUGUUCUUCCUGCCGAUGAACGAAUUUGGACUCUAAAGCCUGAAGUACUACUGGCAAGAGGAAAAUGCGACCUCCAAGGCAAGGAGGAGAAAGCCAUUCGAGGUGCCAUCAAGGACGCCAUCUCAACGUACAGAAAAGAGACCGUGUCCCUCGGAGAGAACAACAUGGAGGAGAGAAAGCAACUGGUGCAGCUUCUCGCCAAAUCAUCAGAAGAGGCCGAAGAGAUCCUCAUCCGCCGCUGCACCUACGACCCGGCCAAAGUGCACAAGUACCGCGGCAAGGACGCCCAGGAUAUCUCUGAAAACAUCGACGAAGAAAUUGCGUUCCUUAAGAACGUCCUGAACGAGCUGUCCAACAAGCGCAAGCAGCGGACGCAAACACUGCUGGACCAACAGCGUUUUUUGGCGUCCAUGCAGGUGAACCACGAGAUGAGGGAUGACCAGUUCCCCGAUGAGGAGCAGCGCUGUCGUACUCUGGAGUGCCAACUGGAAAAGAUCAACCAGAAGAUGGCCGUUACGACUAACGUCACGGACAAGUACCACGAUUUCGUUGACAAGCUCAAUCGGGAAAAGGUGGUUUACGAAGCCAGGCUGAACAAGCUUCAGAAAUGCAUCGAACAAGAUAUGCGCGACCUCGAAACAUUGUCACGACAUCAUGAUGAAGGGCCACAUCCUGGGACAUGA